UGCAGCUCGUGUGUGAAAUACGUCCUCAGUCCCUCUUUGCUGGCCCGAUUCUUCACUUGGGGGGCUAUGCACAUGGUAAGCAGAUAUCUUGUUUGAUUCAUUUCAAAUUAUGCACAAAGUGCUUUUUGAUGAAUCAUUGAUGCUCCAGUAUUUCAUUUUAUUGGAGAGGCUGAGGGCCUGAAUUAAAUUCUAAAACAUCCAGACAGAUUAUUCUGCCUGGAUAAUGCUGUCCUUCAUGGAUGCCAAAAUACCUGUAAAUGAAUCUGUGCAAAAAACAGCUCACAGUUUGGGAGGAUAAUUGGUGAUGCAGACAGCAAGAGGCACCUCCUCAAUGUGAGAGCACUGCCUUAUACAGCAGUCUGGGUGCUGCACUCUGGAACAUGCAUUUUAAGGUGGAAUUGAAAAUGUAGACGAAAGUAGAGAGAGAAGAGAAGUCUCCAGCUGGGGAAGGGAGAGUUCUCUCUGCCUGGGUUUCUACCCUCUGGAACACAGAAGCACACAAUGUCAAAGAAGGGUGCUGGCAGCCGAGGUAAGGGAGACAAGCCUGAAGCCUUUGCCACUCUGCAAGCUGCUAAUGAAGAGCUCAGGGCCAAACUGACUGACAUCCAAAUCGAGCUUCAACAAGAAAAGAGUAAGGUUAGCAAAUUGGAACGAGAGAAGAAUCAAGAGGUUAAAUUGAUCAAAGAGCAAGAGCAGCACAAGCACACAGUGUUGGUGACUGAACUCAAAGCCAAGCUGCACGAAGAGAAAAUGAAGGAACUGCAGAUGGUGCGAGAGACUCUGCUGCGGCAGCACGAAGGUGAGCUCCUCAGAGUCAUCAAAAUCAAAGAUACAGAGAACCAGAGAAUCCAAGCACUCGUUAACGCCUUGCGAGAUGGAGCUACCGAAAAAGUUAAAACGAUGCUUUACAAUGAAGCCAAGGAAGAGGCUAAGAAGGUAUUUGAGAUUGAGAAAAUAAAACUGCAACAAGAGAUCUCAGAACUGAAGGCAGCUAAGAAGCAAUUGGAAGAUGCUUUAAAUCAGGCUAUUCAUGCUGAUAGGUUGAAGGCUGCAGAAAUAAGAAGCUUGUAUCACCUGCACCUAGAGGAGAUCUCCAGGAUAAAGAAAGAUUGUGAAAGAGAGAUUCGUAGGCUGAUGGAUGAGAUAAAAUUUAAAGACAGAGCAGUCUACAUGCUGGAAAAAGAGCUGGGGGCUCAGGCUGGGCAUGCUCAGAGACUCCAGCUCCAAAAAGAGGCUUUAGAUGAACAACUUACCCAGGUCAAAGAGGCUGAAGCAUGGGAAAAACGCCAUCUGAGUAGCCCGAAAAGGGAGCUUCCUUUCGCAAGUGGUGCAGGAGACGCCUCAGACCAUUCAGGAAGCCCUCAGUUGGAUGAAAAGGAUACUCGGCGAUUCCAACUCAAAAUUGCUGAAUUAAGUGCAAUCAUCAGGAAACUGGAGGAUCGGAAUGCUCUGCUGUCUGAAGAACGAAAUGAACUUCUCAAGCGUUUACGUGAGGCAGAAAGUCAGUACAAACCACUCCUGGAUAAAAAGAAACGUCUCAGUCGGAAGAACGAAGAAAUGAGCCAUGCCUUACGACGUAUGGAAAAUAAGCUCAAAUUUCUCACACAAGAAAACAUAAGAAUGAAGGAGAGAGUGGGGGCCAUACGACGACCAAGCUCUCUAAACGACCUGGACCAGAAUCACGAAGAGAAAGAAAUUGAGUUUCUUCGGAUGCAAGUUAUGGAACAACAAAACGUCAUCGAUGACCUUAGCAAGGCUCUGGAGACAGCUGGCUAUGUCAGGAGUGUCAUAGAUCGGGAUAAGCUUCUGCAUUACAGAAAACAAAAGAAGAAAGUUACAAAGGCAAGCAAGAAGCCUGUUGUGGAAACAUUUUUCGGGUAUGAUGAAGAAGCUUCACUUGAUUCAGAUGGUUCAUCUAUUUCAUACCAGACAGACAAGACAGAUCAAACUCCUUGUACACCUGAAGAUGAUCUUGAUGAGGGAAUGGCAAAAGAAGAGACAGAACUUCGCUUCCGACAGCUGACCAUGGAGUAUCAGGCUUUACAGAGGGCCUAUGCUUUGCUACAGGAACAAGUCGGCGGAACUUUAGAUGCUGAAAGAGAAGUGAAGACUCGUGAGCAACUUCAGGCAGAAAACCAACGAUAUCAGACUAAAAUUGAAGACUUGGAGAAGGCUCUCGCACAACAGGGGCAGGAUAUGAAAUGGAUUGAAGAGAAACAAGCACUUUAUCGUUGGAACCAAGAACUCCUGGAAAAGAUUCGGCAAAUGGAGACUGAAGAAAAUCGCCUGAAGCAUGAGGUGCAAGAUGCAAAAGACCAAAAUGAGCUUUUAGAGUUUCGCAUUCUGGAACUUGAAGAACGAGAGCGGCGCUCACCUGCCAUCAACUUCCAUCAUAUUCCAUUCCCGGAGGAGACUAGUCCUCUUCAGGUCUACUGUGAGGCAGAAGGAGUGACAGACAUAACAAUAGCUGAUCUUAUGAAAAAGUUGGAUAUUUUAGGAGAUAACGCCAAUUUGACCAAUGACGAACAAGUGGUUGUGAUUCAGGCCCGAACAGUUUUGACAUUGGCAGAAAAGUGGCUGCAACAAAUUGAGGUGACAGAAUCUGCUCUCCAGCAAAAGAUGAACGAUAUUGAAAAUGAAAAGGAGCUUUUCAGUAAACAGAAGGGUUACUUGGAUGAAGAACUGGACUAUAGAAAACAGGCCAUGGACCAGGCUCAUAAGCGGAUUCUGGAGCUGGAGGCCAUGUUGUAUGAUGCCUUGCAGCAAGAAGCAGGGGCAAAGAUGUGUGAGCUGUUGUCAGAAGAUGAACAGGAGAAGCUGAAAGGAGCGGUGGAACAAUGGAAACGUCAGGUCAUGAGUGAGCUCCGAGAGCGUGAUGCACAGAUACUGAGAGAGAGGAUGGAACUCGUCCACCAUGCCCAACUGAGAAUCAAAGAACUAGAAGAAAGAAUUGAACUACAGAAAAGACAAGUUAAAGAACUAGAAGAAAAGCUUUCAUUCUUUGGUCGUAAUUCUUCCUGGCAGCCGAUAAGGAAGGCCACAAUGAUGGAAAGAAAACUAGAUACUGUAAUAUACAAUCAGAUUAUGGUAUUAUCCCAAGAAGAACCAACUAUAAACCAAGAAAUUAACUAUUUGAACGAACACCUCAUGAUUCUCUAUGAGGAGCAUCAAAAUUACAUGAAGAAUAUUCAGGGUUCAAUGGCUAUUGUGCCAGAAGUGAUUUGGAGCUUCAAGAACCUUAUCCAUGACUCGGAAGACAAGUUCUGUAAAAAUGCAACAAUACCUUUAAAACAAAUGAAAAAUGUAAAUGGACUGAAAGCAAACAUUUCUAACAAUUUGCCAACGCUGAAAGAUUUUGGAAAAUUGAUUUCCAUGACGGGGGGAGAUGAGCACAGAAGAAUGUACAGCAUGGGUGAAAGAACAGUUUUAAUAUUUAGUGAGUGAAGAAUUGAUCUUAAACUUUCCUGCUGUGCAGGAGACUGAGAAAACUGCUUCAAUAUAGAAGCAUGGCUUCCAUCCAUCACUCAUUCCCACUUCAUACACAUUGCUACAUCAGUAAUUUGUUGCAGCUACAGAAGCUGUGAAACAUUGACAGACAAAGACUUCUAACAAGUGGGUGAAGAUAAUUUAUUAUUGAACACGAAUUGUUCUUGUGUUGAACCAUAUAGAUGUCACUGCAGAGACGUGGAUGAAGUGUGCACAUGUAUUAUUAACCAGUCGUUCUGCACUGAAAUGAAAUUCGUCCCAGGUAGAACAAAUAUGACACGCUGCUAUGUUCGAGCUGUUGCCUCUGAAGCAAGAAGAUAAAUUCAAAGAUGGCACAAAAAAAGUGAAUAGGUUAGAUUAAUUUUUUUAAACAUUUGAAUUUAAUGUAAAAUUGCUAAUAGUUUACAAAAGCAGGCAUUUGAAGGUAAUACUUGAAGAGUUUGGGGCUUAGCUCAUACUGUAUAAUUCCCAGCAAAUAUAGAGGGACCCAGAGUCAUGAUGAAUUUUCCAAAGAAAGGGAACUAUAUGAUUUCAAGAUUUAAAAUGAAAGCCAAAAUAUAAAUAG